CAACACGAAAGCUACAAAAACCUUGACAUUCUUGUACGAGCCUCUGAAACAAAGCUGGCAAUACAGCCGGCAUAUCAUGCCCAAGCUCUUUCCGGGCAUUCAACCACGCGAGUGCCCAAUGAGGGAGGUAGCCUCGGGAACUCCCCGCAAUACUCCUCUCCUCCAAUAUAUUCCACGGAAGAAAUAGACUAAACUUGAGGUCGCGCAUCAUAGUCCCCUGAUCUGCGCAUCACAUCCAAACAUGUCGAGCGCAAGGUCUACCACUUCGAGGAGUACUUCCGGCAUACGAGAUGUAUACGCACGAACUUAUUCCUUCCACCGGUAAAAGGUCGCUCGCGGCUUCUUCGUGUUGAUGAUGAACUUAAAAUGCGGAAGUAUAAAGAGACAGGACAUCUGUUUGAGCAGGUUGCAGGCAAAUCAUCCAAGACAUACGCACCAUGAUCUUGACCAACUCUGUUCUUCUCACCCUCGCUGGAGCGACCCAUGUCGCGUCGCAGUCGUUUCAGCAAACGCCUGUCAUGGGUUGGAACUCCUACAAUCAGAUGUCAUGUAGCCCAAACACCCAGAAGAUAACCACGACCAUUAACUCGCUCGCGAGUCGCGGUUUCGUCGAUGCUGGCUACAAGUUCUUCCAGAUUGAUUGCGGAUGGGCUUCAAGAGAUGGACAACGCAACGCUACUAGCGGCGCACUGAAGGUGGACCUAAAAGCAUUUCCAGGUGGUCUGAAACCUUUGAGCGAUCUUGCGAGGUCAAAAGGCAUGAAAUGGACGAUGUACUCGGAUGCCGGUGUGAGAAUGUGUGACCCUCAGUCGCCGAGCCCUGUUUUGGGCUCAUUGGGUCAUGAAGCCGCGGAUGCGGAUUUUUUCAAGACGUUGAACACUGAAUACGUCAAGUAUGACAACUGCUAUGCCGACGGGCCUGCAGCUAGCCAGAAUGCUCCCAAGAACGCCAGAACCGAUUUUGUCACCCGCUUCGGUGUCAUGUGGAAGGAACUGCAACGAGUUGGCAUCCCAGGGAUGUUAAUCUGUCAAUGGGGCGUUCCUUUCACAACCUCUACUGGUCUCCAAGGACCUGCUCAGUGGACGAAGCCCAUCUCGACUUCCUUCCGACUUUCAGACGACAUUACUCAGGGUUGGGCCUCUAUGUUCCGCAUCUACAACCAAGCUGUGCACAUCGCCAAAUCCGGUCUGGUCGCUCCAGGACACAUCGCCGAUGCCGAUCUGCUCAUGGUCGGCAACUCUGGUAUGGCAUUCGACGAGCAAGCUACGCACUUCGCCGCGUGGGCUAUGCUGAAGUCGGCACUCAUGGUCUCAACCGACGUAGCAGCUCUGUCAAACGAACUCGUCGCUGUUCUGCAAAACAAAGACCUGAUUGCGAUCAACCAAGACUCCGCUGUCAAGCCGGUCACUCUCCGUCAGCGUUGGAGCGGGGACCGCGACCUUUGGGCUGGCGACCUCGCCAAUGGAGACAUGGCCGUCUUGGUCGUAGACCUCAGCAACACUGCGCGUACACUGAGCCUGCAGCUCUCCGAACUCGACAUCGCAUCGGCAUCGAUCAAAGACCUCUGGACGGGUAAGACUGUUAGCGAAGCUUCCCUCUCCAAGCAAGUCAAAGCGCACGGAUCUCUCGCCAUCCGCCUGUCCAACAUCCGCCGCUCGACAGCGGCCAAACCCACGUACAAAUAUGUUUCCGCAUCAACCGGCUCUCUUUCCUCGGGCGCAACCACCCAAUCCUGCUCUGGCUGCACCUCUUCCAACAAAGUCGGUAACCUGGGCGGGUCAUCGAACGGUCGCGUAACUCUCUCCAACAUCCGCACCUCCAAAGCCACACAGACAGUGUUCUUCGACUACAUCAACGGCCAGGUAGACUAUAUGGGUGGUAGCAACGAGCGCGUCGCAGCGAUCAGCGUGAACGGGGGCGCUGCAAAGACUGUCAGCUUUCCUCUGAGCGGGUACAACUGGGACAAAGAUGUGUACAAGAACUACGGCGUCGAGUUAUCGGGUUUCAGCACCACAGGUACUAACACCAUCACCAUCUCUGGUGUUGGAAGUGCGUAUGCGCCAGAUGUUGAUAGGGUCGGCGUAGUUGCUUAAUUGCUACUGUUUGUAAAUAGAUCGGACGAGUCCGGGUACGGCUGACAUCUUAUCGACUCUCUUUGUGCUUACUUCCGAGCUCACGCCAACCGAUCAUCUUGUAAUUUCCUGUGUUUCAGCAGUUCGGUCUCUAUCUUUCCUUCUCUCAUCAGGCCCUCAUAUAAUGCCCAGGCUGCCAAAGUCUUGGUAUCCCGGAUGUAAUGCCUCCGCAGGUCUUCGUAGUCGCAUACUCUCAAUCUGAUCGACUUUCCUUGCCCCCGAAUCCCAUUCAGCUUUCCUCUCA